CCAUCACCCUCUAUUCUUAUUCCUGCUCUCAUUUGACGUGUCUCAGGGUCAGUGUUGGAUUUUGGACCCGUCGGACUAUCAGCCUUCAAUUGAUUCUCGCGGAACUGGGAGGAGAGUGCUGACGCAGGAGGUCGAGCACUCUGGACCCCUUCAUCUGCCUCCUGUCCGAGACAUUGCUUUGGCAAACAUGGUCGAUACUCUGUAGACCCAGUUGAUAUUUGCGGAAAAGAACACGUGCCAUGGAGGGGCUCUUUACAUUGCUCAUUUUGAGCGUUGUGAUGGCAAUUACAUCCUUUGUUGUCGGUUAUCUACCACUUAUCUUUGCACUUUCUCCUUCUCAGCUAAGACUGAUAUCCUCGAUUGGCAUGGGAGUUUUGGUCGGGACAUCUCUUAUUGUGAUCAUUCCCGAGGGUGUUGAGACUCUCUACAGUGCCAAUUUACCAUCGCAUAAGGGGCUCAGUAGCCGCGCUGCGGAUAUCGAAUGGAAAUCCCAGGAGGUUCCCAUAUUGAGUGCGACAAAUAUCCCGAGCUCUGCCAAUCUGGACUCUUUGAAUGUGCCCUCACUUUUAGUGUCACCAUCCAACGUCGCGCCGAGCGCAUUGUUUCCGCCCACAAACGAAGAAACCAUCCAGGUUACACACGACAGACGACGGUCUAGUAAAGUGGAUGGUUUGAACGCAAGAAGAGAUGAAAGGAAAAGCGACAAGACCAAGACAGACAAGGAUGAUCACGAUGAUGAGAGCUCAGCUCAUGCCUGGAUUGGUGUUGCACUUGUUAGCGGGUUCGUGUUGAUGUACCUAAUCGAUAAGCUCCCCGAAUUUGCGACGUCCUCGAAGCAGCAGAGACCGCCCUAUCACGUCUCCCUCGACAACCUGGGCUCGGGCUUGCGACGAGGCUCGUCGCCUUCGCGGGAGUCAGGGCUGCUAGAGCCGGGAAGCAGCUUCAAGCGCAACCACAGCUUUGCGACAACCACUGGUCUGGUAAUUCAUGCCGCUGCAGAUGGAAUCGCGCUAGGAGCAUCCACCUCUGAUACCGGCCUUGGCUUCAUUAUUUUCCUGGCCAUCAUGGUUCACAAGGCUCCCGCAUCCUUCGGGCUUACGUCUGUUCUGCUCAAGCAGGGUCUGUCUACUCGCGCUGUCAGGGCGCAUUUACUAGUCUUCAGCUUAGCAGCUCCUGUUGGUGCUCUGACAACCUUUCUCUUUGUGCAACUAGCGGGCUCGGGUUUCAACGGCGAUGAGUCAGGUACUCGAUGGCGGACUGGCAUGCUUCUACUUUUUUCUGCUGGGACCUUCCUAUAUGUUGCCAUGCACACAAUGCAAGAAAAUGGUUCCAGCUCAACGUCGCGUGAGUCACCAGCUAACGGAUAUGGUGAUAUCCGGGACUCACCAUCUAGACCGGACAAGUCAUUAAGAGACCUGGUUGCAUCUGUUGUUGGCAUGAUUUUGCCUCUCUUCCUGCAGAUUGGUCACGCACACUGAUAAAAAUGGGGCAUGCAUGUCUCAUUGAACUGAGCGCGUCGCUCCAUGCCCUGGAAGGUAGGGGCUUAAGACCAGUUGGACCUACAUAUCACCAUUUGGAAGGUGAUAGCUGCUAUUCCUUGUGAAGCUUUUUUUAUUUCCUUUUCUGCUUGCCACUUUACGUUCGAUUAUACUUUGCUGCUUAUGUUCCCGAGUAAGGAAGGAAGGUCUGGUUAUGACCUGAGUGUUAGAUUUUUUGGUUCAUUUUCUUCUGUAUUUGUCUAAUGUUAAGGCUUUGGGUUUCAGGUUUCUUUUUGUGAGCUUAUAUCUGCAUAAGGGCCGGGGUGUUCUGUUCUGGGAUGACUGCCAUUCCGUAAUGAAGUUGGUUCGGAAAAGUCUGCCAUACCCCAGGAAAUGAUAUUGAGUCUGAAGCUAUUAUUAUACAACAAUAUUCUGCAUGUGCGAUGAUUGAGCGGCGAUUUUGGAAGCUCUGCCUUGGCAGCACUUUGCUCCCAGACGCAAUUAAGUACAAAAGAGGCUGACCUUGAGUCCUGGCUUAACCCUGCGAGAGAGAAAAAGUAGUACAGCAUCAUUCUUCAGCAGCCGCUCACCAACGCCUCUAGUCUCCACAGCGUUGCUAUGCUGGAUAAUCAAGAAAAACCUCCCUGCUGUCAAUAUUAC